ACAACGCCCCAUGUUGUGUGUGUGUGUGAAUUGGCCUAUGUGAAGCGAAUGUUGAUGUAAGAGGCAGGGUGCUCAGCUGCGGAUGGGUAACAGGGCGUGGGCUCGCACACUCACUUGCACCAGUGCCCAGAGAGGGGUUGCAGGCUGAGGAGCUGCCCAGAGCACCGCUCACACUCCCAGAGUACCUGAAGUCGGCAUUUCAAUGACAGAUGACAAGGGUCCCCAAAGGCUGAGCAGGUCCAGCUAUGGCUCCAUCUCCAGCCCGACCAGCCCGACCAGCCCAGGGUCACAGCAAGCACCUCCCAGAGAGACCUACCUGAGUGAGAAGAUCCCCAUCCCAGACACAAAACCGGGCACCUUCAGCCUGCGGAAGCUAUGGGCCUUCACGGGGCCUGGCUUCCUCAUGAGCAUUGCUUUCCUGGACCCAGGAAACAUCGAGUCGGAUCUUCAGGCUGGCGCCGUGGCGGGAUUCAAACUUCUCUGGGUGCUGUUCUGGGCCACGGUGUUGGGCUUGCUCUGCCAGCGACUGGCUGCACGUCUGGGCGUGGUGACAGGCAAGGACUUGGGCGAGGUCUGCCAUCUCUACUACCCUAAGGUGCCCCGCACCGUCCUCUGGCUGACCAUCGAGCUAGCCAUUGUGGGCUCUGACAUGCAGGAAGUCAUUGGCACGGCCAUUGCAUUCAAUCUGCUCUCAGCUGGACGAAUCCCACUCUGGGGUGGCGUCCUCAUCACCAUUGUGGACACCUUCUUCUUCCUCUUCCUCGAUAACUACGGGUUGCGGAAGCUGGAAGCUUUUUUUGGACUCCUUAUAACUAUUAUGGCCUUGACCUUUGGCUAUGAGUAUGUGGUGGCGCGUCCUGAGCAGGGAGCGCUUCUUCGGGGCCUGUUCCUGCCCUCGUGCCCGGGCUGCGGCCACCCCGAGCUGCUGCAGGCGGUGGGCAUUGUUGGCGCCAUCAUCAUGCCCCAUAACAUCUACCUGCACUCGGCCCUGGUCAAGUCUCGAGAGAUAGACCGGGCCCGCCGAGUGGACAUCAGAGAAGCCAACAUGUACUUCCUGAUUGAGGCCACCAUCGCCUUGUCCGUCUCCUUUAUCAUCAACCUCUUUGUCAUGGCUGUCUUUGGGCAGGCCUUCUACCAGCAAACCAACCAGGCUGCGUUCAACAUCUGUGCCAACAGCAGCCUCCACGACUACGCCAAGAUCUUCCCCAUGAACAACGCCACCGUGGCUGUGGACAUUUACCAGGGGGGCGUGAUCCUGGGCUGCCUGUUCGGCCCCGCGGCCCUCUACAUCUGGGCCAUAGGUCUCCUGGCGGCUGGGCAGAGUUCCACCAUGACGGGCACCUACGCGGGACAGUUUGUGAUGGAGGGCUUCCUGAGGCUUCGGUGGUCACGCUUCGCCCGCGUCCUCCUCACCCGCUCCUGCGCCAUCCUGCCCACCGUGCUUGUGGCUGUCUUCCGGGACCUGAGGGACUUGUCGGGCCUCAAUGAUCUGCUCAACGUGCUGCAGAGCCUGCUGCUUCCAUUCGCCGUGCUGCCCAUCCUCACGUUCACCAGCAUGCCCACCCUCAUGCAGGAGUUUGCCAAUGGCCUGCUGAGCAAGGUCGUCACCUCUUCCAUAAUGGCGUUAGUCUGCGCCAUCAACCUCUACUUCACGGUCAGCUACCUGCCCAGCCUGCCCCACCCUGCCUACUUCGGCCUUGCAGCCCUGCUGGCCGCAGCCUACCUGGGCCUCAGCACCUACCUGGUCUGGACCUGUUGCCUUGCCCAUGGAGCCACCUUUCUGGCCCACAGCUCCCACCACCACUUCCUGUAUGGGCUCCUUGAAGAGGACCAGAAAGGGGAGACCUCUGGCUAGGCCCACAACCGAGGCCUGGCUGGGAGUGGCAUGGAUGACGUGACUGGCCUGCUGGAUGUGGAGGGGGCGCGUGCAGGCAGCAGGAUGGAGUGGGACAGUUCCUGAGACCAGCCAACCUGGGGGCUUUAGGGACCUGCUGUUUCCUAGCACAGCCAUGUGAUUAACCUCUGGGUCUCAGUGUCCUCAUCUGUAAAAUGGAGACACCACCACCCUUGCCGUGGACCUUAAGCACUUUACCACAGUGCUUGGCACUUGGGACAAAAACAAACAAACAAACAAAAAACAUCUCAAAAGGUAUUUAUUGAGCACCUGCAGGCGUGACCUGACAGCCCAAGGGCGGGUGAGGUGAGGGCUUGGGGACUUGGGAGGGACACAGGCUCCAAACGAGCUUGAAAUACUGUCUGAUGAAUGUUAAAUUAUUUAUUUAUUUAUUUGAGACAGGGAAAGGGUCUCCCUCUGUCGCCCAGGCUGGAGUGCAGUGGCGCAAUCUUGACUCAUUGCAAUCUCCA